AUGUCGCCGGCUGCAUCUGUCUUCCAGCCUAUGCAAGCCGUCGAUGAGAUAUUCGACUAUGCCAGCUUCAUGUGGGAUGCCGGUGAUGCCUGGCAACAGGUCAACCCUGAGCCAGGUCAGCAGAUGAGCCUCGAUGGACAAGUACUGCGCGGUCAAUAUGGUAGUCAGUCACUCGGAAGCCGGCAACCACCCAUGACCAGUCCACCGAAUCUCAGCCUCCCAGAUCGAACCGCUAUGGAUGAUUUGCCGGACCCGUCACCAGUGCCAGACGCAAGCAGCCAGCCAGAGCAGACCACAACUCUGCAUGCAUCGACUGAAGAUGACCGAUUAAUGGACUAUUUCAGCCAUGUCGUUGUUCCACCUAUACUUGCCGAGGUCGAGACGCAGAAGAAAUGGCUGGCGGUUCGACAGGUUGUUGUGGAAAUGGCUGGUGCUUCGCAGAUGGUCAAGUGGUCAGUCCUCGCUUUCUCUAACUUGAUGUUAUCUCGUCGUGAGGGGGCCUGGCUCGCCAACCCAGAUGAUCAUUAUCAGAAAGCUGUAUCAGAGGUGGCAGCUUGCGGCGAUGAAUCAUCCCCUGCGAUCGACAGUCCUGGUUCUCGCAGAGAGCACCUACUCGCGACCUUGUUCUUCUUGAGUUAUGUAGACAUCCUUAGGGGACAGAUUCGGGCUGCAGAUUCGUUCCUGAAACGAGCUUAUGGGCUGUUCCAACAGGGAGAGAAGAGCAACUUUGUUGCCAUCGAGAAGCAAUUCCUGCAGUGGAUGCGUCUUCUCGAUGCUCGUGCUGUCUCUGCAGGUGGACAGGGGCUGCUUUUAUCCAAGGACGAUGAGCUGCUGCUUGUCGAAGCGUCGCCGGCAAGCUUUGACGGAGGCGUUGCCGACCCAGCGAGAGAAGACUUCGCUGACGGUGACAUUGAAGAUGUCCUGUUCCAAGUCCUAUACCAACCAGGGAUUGUCUUCUUUCAGAAGGUGCAGAGCUUUAUGGGACGAAUAUCAAAGAUCGACCCCUGGCACAGAUCUCGUGGCACGGUCGAAGACGAAACGGAUGUCAUGAACAUUGGAGCCGCCAUUGCAGCUGAUCUUCGGACCUUAUACGAACAACGGCCACCGCUGAUGGAUUACGCCGUGGCAGGGAAGCUGACGGAGCCUCACGUCUCGCCCCAUCUCGCCUUCGUUAUAACACGCGCCUUCCGCACCUACCUCGCCAACUACCAUGCGAGCAAAGUCCACCUACACAGGGUGGCAUAUAAGUCUUUCCCGUUGACAAAAGAGGCAACCGAUGCCCUGAGCCAGAUCCGACGUUUGGCAAGACUACUUGUCGAUUCACUGGACACAGACAACUCAUUGCCUGUCAACAUGCUUUGGCCUCUGUUGAUGCUGGGCUCCGAGGAACAAGAUCACCAAGAGAGAAUAUGGAUCAAAACCCAGAUUCUUAGGAUGGAAAGAGUCGCGGGCAACGCCAAGAUCACGGCUCAGGUGCUAGAGGAGGUCCAGGCUAGGCAGGAUGCUGAGAAGAUCCGGGUUGACAUCCGGUCCGUCAUGCACGCUAUCUUCAACUCGUGCUUCGCCAUAGUUUAA